AUGACAGAGAAACAGUUUAAUUACCCUAAGGAUCCAGGAUUUGUGACUUUCAAUAUCUUUGGCUACUUUGGCAUUUUCACUUGCACAGACAUACUCUAUCAUGACCCGGCUGUGGUCUUGGCAAGCAGAUUUCAGGUUGACACCAUUCUCUUUCUAACUGCUUGGAUUAACACUCUUCCACUGUUGUCAGCAGUCCAGUUUCACUCAGCGUGGGCCAUGGGAAUGGGCAUCAACUCUUCAGCGAAUAUGCACAACUCCACUUUAGGUAUGAUAGGGAGUGGUAUUUAUGCCCCAGACAGUCCAAAAGCAUAUUAUUACAAUGCUGUAAUGGAUAAUGGUCACCUUUUGGUGACAAAACUGACUUUGUGCCCACGUCUGUCUCCUGACUAUGCUGGUGCUGUUAACUGGAAAUUGUAUACCAGCAAGAUCAAACAACUUCCAUCAAACAGACACUAUUUCAGUGGGGUCAUUUACCAUGAUCUCAUCUCCUUCAUGAAACUCACUGAGUCUGAAGGAAAUCAUGCCAUUUGUCAGCAGGGCCUCUGUUGCUAUCUGAGUUACAAGAUGGUAGAGAAGCAGCAAGAUGAUAUUUAUGUUCUGGGUGCCUUUGAUGGGCUACAUGUUGAAGGAGAGUAUUAUUUGCAGGUAAGAGUUUUCUGCUCUUAUUUCAACAGUGGGAAGGCUGCAAUACUCUCUUUACAGUCCAUUUCCAUUUGUCCCAUUUUUUAUUUGAGAGCAUUUAAGACAAGGCAUUUUUUAGGCCCCCUGGAAAACAUUAGUUUUCUUCAUGAUACAUUUUGUCUUCAUUAAGGGUGUUGAUUUUCUAUGUUAUAAAUGAUGGAAGUGAAGACCCUGGGUUGACCAUAUGCUGCCACACUUCAACAAUGUGAGGUCACUCAGCAGUUUUGUCAAAGACAGAACAAGAUAGGUACGUAUCCAUGCUGGUUGUAAUUUCUGGAACAUGUCUUGCAUAAGUUGCUCUUCAGGUUUUGCAGGUUGCAGGUUUGGGAGGAUUUGUUGCUGAGGGGAGACCUUUUUGCUCUCUGCAACUACCCAAAAGGAGGUUGCGGCAAGGUUUGGGUUGGUUUCUCCUCCCAAGUGACAAGUGACAAGACAAGAGGAAAUGACCUCAAGUUGUGCCAGGGCAAGUUUAGAUUGGAUAGUAGGAAAAAUGUAUUCACUGAAAGGGUUUUCAAGCAUUGGAACAGGCUGCCCAGGGACAUGAUUGAGUCACCAUCCCUGAAGGUGUUUAAAGGAUAUGUAGAUGUGGUCCUUAGGGAUAUGAUUUAGUGGUGGGCUUGGCAGUGCUGGGUUAAUGAUUGGACUUGAUCAGCUUAAAGGUCUUUUCCAGCCUAAAUGACUCUGUGAUUCUAAGGAGAUUUCUGUAUAUGUGUAAAAAAGGGAGAGAAGACUGUAGAGUUCUGCCUGUCUUCAUAGGGGUGCUCUUGUCACUCUUUCUGCUUGGUAGUUU